AUGGAUACUACCCUCUGUCUGUACAGCUCUGAUCAAUUGAAAGCAUCUACAGCGACUCAUCAGACUUCCACCUGGCCAUCUUCAGCCACGAAUGAGCCUCAGGCUUCGCUUCUCCCACCUGCUCAGACAGUGGAUGUGCAAUCUUUCCCUCCUGGACCAGGAACUGAAGAUAUCUAUUCAUGGGAGGCAAAUAUCAAUAAUCGCAGCAACUCUGUUCUCUAUUCACUGCCCUCGCUUCCAGCGUUCACAUUCCCACCUACAAGUGACACUCCCUCCUUUCCAGCGCCCUCGCUUCCAGCAUUCACGUUCCCACCUACAAGUGACACUCCCUCCCUUCCAGCACACGAUUCCAUCAAUUCAGCAUGGAGCAACCCUUCUCCAUUCACGUUUGCACCUGCAGAUGGCCCUCCCUCCCUUCCAGCGCAUGAUUCAGCAGCUCUACCUUCAGAUCGUGAUACCUCCCACUUGCAAGUCCCCUCUCCUGACAAUGCCCAGGAAGGCAUUCAAAACAUGGACCUGCAGCUCCAUAAGCGAGGCGACGACUCAACUUGGGCUGCGCACAACCCCGGUCAUCCAGUUAUCCCUACCCAUCUCAAGGGUGCACCUUUGACACAGGCAGAAAAAGCCUCACGUGCCCUCAAGGCAGCCCAAUGGAAAAAAAGUGAGAAGGCACUUGAUGACACCAUCAGCAGUUUCCUUGACAACCAGGACAAAAAAAUGAAGGAUAUUGGCGCAUUGCACAGCAUUACUGAGGCCCACAUCAAGAAACUGAUCACCUACCACACACACUACAAGAAGUCCCGCGGACCUCAACUCUUCAACGCACUGGUUCAUGCUAAGAACCAGGAGGUCAAUGGAGCUCGUCCGGUUGGAAGCAAGUUGAAGAUACAGGAGAUUCGCCAGAUGGUGACAUCCGAUCCAUCCAUGCAGAAGGAGAAUUUGACCGAUGGAGAGAUCAAAGAAUAUAUAGCUCAGCUCCAGGAGCAUUGGUCACUCAAAACCGGUGGUUUGCGCAGCAAUAACAUAGCUGCAGCACGAGAUCUUGAUGGGUUAUGCGAGCGAUGUGGCACCUACGCCACAUUCUUUAUUGCAGGAGGGCACGUAAACAAUCAGACACCAGCAACAUGGUAUGCGACAGAUGAUGCUGCAGACUUUUGGGAAGAUGUCUUGGACCUCAUGUUGAAUGAUGUUGUGCGCAAGUUUGAACAAUGGGCGUGUAGCCAGGGCAAAAAGCAUGACAGCCUCGAAAACAUGCAGAAGCAAGUUGGACGACUCAUCCUCAGCGGUCUACGCCAAAUGACGGGCAAGGACAACAUCAGCAUGAAUUACCCAAACUACAUCAAAUCAAUUGUCCUAUCCUACAGUAUAGUCCUUGAUGGCUGGCCUGCAACUAUUCCUUUCAUGUCGCCCUGGAAUAUCCAUACUGUCUGCGAAAUACAGGAGUUGCGUGAUGCUCUUAAGGCCAGGACCUGCGCUUGGAAGAGAUUGACAAAGACCGAGCUCGAAAAGUAUAAGGAGGAUCUUGAGCGACGUCGGGCAGCAGGAGAAACGGUUGGCAAACCUCACAAGAAGCGCUCCGACUCGGGGAAGUCUCGCAAAUGCAAGAACACGCAGCGAGAGGACACUGAAGGUGAGCGUCCUGCGAAGAAGUCGAGGAGGUCCAACAAGACAGGAAAAGUGUCACGUCCGGAACCAAAGAGUCGCGAGAUUAUCGAGAGCAGCGAUGAAGAGGCUUCUGUCAAUGGAGAAGACCUGGAUUAG